GUUCCAGACAGCCUCUUUGUUUCUGAAGCUAUAUGAAUCCCACAACGGCAUGUGGUGGGCGCACAUGAUGAAAUAAACUGAAUGGGUUACGACGAGUGUGGCUUUCAUCGUCAAAGAUAGCUGAGGGAUGUGGUGAUAUUUCAAGCGUUCGUACAUACUCUUACGAAGGACUGAGGAAAAGUGUGAAAAUCGAUUUAACGAGGGCUGAGGCAGUGGUUCUUCUUGAAGCACGAUGAGCUGGAGCUUUCUUACACGGCUGUUGGAUGAAAUCUCCAACCACUCCACCUUUGUGGGCAAGAUCUGGCUCACAUUACUUAUCAUCUUCCGCAUUGUGUUGACCGUUGUGGGGGGAGAAUCAAUAUACUACGAUGAACAGAGCAAAUUUGUGUGCAACACCCAUCAGCCUGGUUGUGAAAAUGUCUGCUAUGAUGCGUUUGCACCACUCUCUCAUGUAAGGUUUUGGGUUUUUCAGAUCAUUUUGAUCACAACCCCCACUAUUAUGUACCUAGGCUUUGCAAUGCACAAGAUCGCUCGUAUGAAUGAUGAUGAGUACAAGCCGAGUAACCGGAAACGCAUGCCCAUGAUUAAACGCGGAGCUAACCGUGAUUAUGAGGAGGCUGAGGACAACGGUGAGGAAGAUCCCAUGAUGAUGGAGGAGAUCCUGCCUGAGAAAGAGAAAGCUCCUGUGAAGCCCGCCCCUAAACACGAUGGUCGACGGAGGAUAAAGAGGGACGGGCUUAUGAAGGUGUACAUCCUUCAGCUUCUAUCUCGGGUUGUUUUCGAGGUUGGUUUUCUCUUUGGCCAGUAUAUCCUGUAUGGUUUUGAGGUCGACCCCUCGUAUGUGUGCACUCGCAGCCCCUGCCCACACACGGUGGACUGUUUUGUGUCACGUCCUACGGAGAAAACGAUCUUCCUGCUGAUCAUGUAUGCCGUGAGCUGUCUCUGCUUGUUUCUCACGGUGCUGGAGAUUCUUCAUUUGGGCCUCAGUGGAAUCCGUGAUGCUUUUCGACGACGCACGCACAACCACAGUGCCGCACGCCCCCGUGACGCCAUAUGCAGACAGGUGCCCACAGCACCACCAGGGUACCACACUGCACUGAAAAAAGACAAGCUCUCCAUGGGACUGAAACCAGAGUAUAACUUGGACUCGGGUCGGGAGUCUUUUGGUGACGAGUCGUCAUUGCGAGAUAUUGACCGCCUGCGUAGACACCUAAAACUGGCCCAGCAGCAUCUGGAUAUGGCCUAUCAGAAUGGGGAGAGCAGUCCUUCACGCAGCAGCAGCCCAGAGUCCAACGGCACUGCUGUAGAGCAGAACAGACUCAACUUUGCACAGGAGAAGCAGGGAAGCACAUGUGAAAAAGGGAUCCAUGCUUGAUGGAGAACCAUAAACUAUCAUCUGCUUUUCUGUGCAACAGAGUGCCCCACCUGUGGUUGGCAUGGAUCAUUUUGAAAAAAGAGAAAGUGUCUGUAUGUCCGUGUUGUGUAUCUUAUGUUUGGCUGCUGAACAUUUUGUGAACCGAGUGGAGCAUGUGUGUCCUUCCGCACACUGGUGAAUCUGUAAGAAUGUUGUGCAGUAUUAUGGCAAGUGUAUGCAAAGUUAAAACCUCAGAAAGCAGCAUCUCACCAGCCAGUUAUACUUGACAUCAGCCAGUCUGCCGGAUACUCCAAAGUGACCAAAAGCUAGUUAGAAAGAUGGUUGUUAUACUCCUCAGUCACUAGGAGACUCUGCAAUGUCUCAUCUCUCUCUCUCUCUCUUUUUUUUUUCUUCAUAGGGAAAGUGAGUUGUGGUUCUUCCAUUUGUUUACCACACUUCUUAUGAAGUGCCAAUUGUGCAUCUCAAAAAUGCCUUAAACUGGAGUUUACAUAUCUUUGCCAUUCCAGAAUUAGAUGGACGAGCCAGUGUAAAACCACAUCAGUUAUGUAGUUUAGUGUGUUAAGUACAGUUCUGUGUUUUGAGUAGUGGACCACGAGUAGUGUAUGUUUAUGAACAAAAUGGAAACCUGGAAAAUGCUUGAAUACUUGUGAAUCAAUUAUUGAUCUACAAAGAAACUUUUGUUAUUCUAUUUGCAUAUUUUGUGUAUUUUACCUGUAUAUGAGAAGUACUUUGGUUACUAUCCCUUUUAUUUUGAAUAAGCUUUUUUUGUAGGCUACAAUUUCAAUCUUAUUUGUUUGCUUUUUGUUUACUUCUCUUUUCUGAGGCUUUAAACAAGUUUGGCUUUUGUUUCAUUUGACCAACCAUUAGAAAGGCAAACUCAUGUUUUCAGAGAAUGGCUCCACAGUUAAAAGUCCUAAUAUAAUAGAUUAUUUUUAGGUUAGUCUAUCAUUUUGCCUCCUUUAUGCAAAUGAAAAUCAUAAGUUGGUCCAAAUGCAGUUUACACUGAAUAGCAAUAAGGUCUCAGAAUUGAAAGCCAUAGAGCCUAAUGUUUUGUACAUGGUACCAAUGCAAUCUUGUUGUUCUGACACCGUUUAAUUAACUCAUGUCUGUUAACAGCCAGGUUUUCCAUCUUUUGAUACAUUUCUCCAGGAUCAUCUCAAUUUUCUAUAUUUUCUAAGGAUUUUUGUAAGG